GAUCUGGGCAUUUUGCUGAGGCAUCGCAACCCACCAUAUAUACCGUAUUUCAUUUUUCACUGUCUGUGGCUUUGACAGUGUCUCCUUUUCUUCCACCAAGUGUGUCUUGUCCUCUUCUUCUUCCUCCUCUCAAUAGGUUGUGAACCGCAAAAAAACGCCAAGAUGUCUGAGAAAAAGAUGACUUCCAGCCGCAGGCAUCACCUGAAGAGCGUGAUCCUCCAGAUCGCUCAGAACUGGCUCGAACAGGAGAAAAAGGACGACGCAGCGGCUAAGGCCGCCUACAUGGCCGAACACUGUCCUCCCCCGGACCUGAGCGGAGACCAGAACGCCCUGAUGGAAUACUGCAAGAAGCUCCACGCUCUGAUCGACAAGAUCGACGAGGAGAGGUACGACAUCGAGGCCAAAGUGCAUAAGGCCGACAAAGAGAUUGAGGACCUGAAUAUCAAAGUGGUGGAUCUGAGAGGUGUGAAGAAACCCGCUCUGAGGAAAGUGCGUAUGUCCGCGGACACCAUGCUGAAAGCUCUGCUGGGCUCCAAGCACACGGUCAACAUGGACCUGAGGUCCAACCUGAAGCAGGUGAAGAAGGAGGUGAAAGAGGAGCCCACAGAGGCGGUCGGCGACUGGCGUAAGAACAUUGAGGACAAGGCCGACAGGAAGAAGAUGUUCGAGACCUCCUAAACGUGUCGCUGCUGUUUGUCUUUCUGUUUAUAUGAACUCCACGUGUCUUAUAUGUGUUGGUUGAACCAGAUGGUUGUUUUAUGUUUCGGUUAAGUCACACAGGGCUGGACAGCAUGUUAGAGGUGUCACUCUGCAGGACGUUUGAGGUGGUUGAGGAAUUUUCUUUUGUUUGUUUUUUUGUCUGGAGGGAGGGGGGAGGAGUGUGGACAGUUCCUGCAGGCUCACACAUCAACACACAACACCGAGUCUUAAACUCCACACAUUCAGGGAAACAUUCACACAAACUGAACCAUGUUGAAUAGAAACAAUAAAGUAAAAUGUGGAAGAAAA